GGGGAGUGCAAACAAAAAUUUAUGUCUUACGAGCUAACGGAGACUUCUGGGAGGCUGUUGUAUCACAGUGCAAAAUGGAAGGCUGACGUGGAUGCGUAUGUGGUCCGCACUAAUUACCAUGAAUAUGCCAUCGUGGUCAUGAUAAAGCAGAAGCAGGGUGGCAACAAGACCACCACACUGAAGCUCUACGGUCGCAGCCCGGACCUGCGUCCUAGCCUUGUGGAAGAGUUUACCCAGCUGGCCAAAGAGCAAGGACUGAACGACGAUGCCAUCAUCAUUCUGAAGAAGACACAGGAAUGUGUUCCUGGAAAGCCAGCCCAGUUGCCAGAAAUUCAGAGAAUGAAAAGAAACGUUGUCCUGCCUUCACCUGAGGAAGGUUCUGGAGGCGCAGACACACCCAUGUUUAUAAACGCAGACUCCUGCAUGAGCCCACCAGACGGAGGCCCGUGUUUCGCCAUGUUUACGCGCUAUUUCUACAACUCCACUGUCAUGGCCUGCCAGGAGUUCAUCUUUGGCGGUUGCCUAGGCAACCAGAAUAACUUCUUGACUGAAAAGGCUUGCCUUCAGACAUGCCGCACUGAAGCGGCCUGCAGGCUGCCUAUUACCCCUGGGAAGUGCAAUGGCCAGGAAGAGCUCUGGGCCUUUGAUUCCGUAAGCGGAAAGUGUGUCUCCUUCAAAUAUGGCGGCUGUAAGGGAAAUGGCAACAAGUUCUACAGCCAGAGGGAGUGUGAGGAGUACUGUGGCGUGAUGAAGGACGGAGAUGAGGAACUGAUGAAGGUCAACUGAAAGUCAGCUAAAUGACUGGACAGCAGAACAAAUCAACCAACCAGCAAACACAGUGGUUUGGCAAUAAUGGAGUCAUGAUUAAACUAUACAGUAUAAUAUGGAAACAGAGUAUUACCAUUCUUUAUCCUUCCUGCUUAUUUUAUUAGUGACUCUGAAGCUCUUUUCUGAAGUGAAACGUUACAUUAAUGGUGCAACAACAUUCAACAGACCUUCUGUCUUUCAGAAGUUGAAAUUUCUUUUCCAAAAAGUAAAAAUUUAGACCAAUAUUUUGUUUCAGUCAAGCAGCUAAGUACUCUGUGACUGUGUCUCUUUAU